UGUAUCAUAAACUGUUCCAGCAUCACCACCGUCAACAACCAUUUGUCCACAUUUCCUCAAUCUCGGCAUAAAACGACCGUCGUUUUCUGCGUUCUUGAGAUCCCGAUCGACGACCCGAAAGAAAAAUGCUCGCCGUAUUCGACAAAUCCGUGGCUCAGAGCCCCGAUGGUCUGCAAAGCCCUCACUCUUCGGAAUCUGUUUCGGCUCUGAAAGAUGAUUCCUUGGCUCGCCAUUUCUCCUCUCUUCAUCCUUCUUCCGUCGUCGUCAACCUCGGUUCCUCGGGUUUCGUGGCGUACUCGCUCGAAAAACAGAACCCUCUUCUUCCCAGGCUGUUUGCGGUUGUGGAUGACAUUUUCUGCUUGUUCAAUGGCCACAUUGAGAAUGUUGCUGCUCUUAAGCAACAAUACGGGUUGAACAAAACAGCAAACGAGGCAAGCAUUGUUAUGGAAGCUUACAGAACUCUAAGGGAUCGAGGUCCUUUUUCCCCUGAUCAGGUUGUAAGGGACAUCCAAGGGAAGUUUGCAUUUAUUGUCUUCGAUGGCGCUUCUAAAGCCACCUUUUUUGCUGCUGAUGCUGAUGGAAGUGUUCCAUUCUUCUGGGGAACCGACUCUGAAGGCAACGUUGUUCUUUCAGACAAUGCUGAAAUUCUGAAGACAGGCUGCGCCAAAUCUUUUGCGCCAUUUCCUAAAGGCUGCUUCUUCACAACUAAUGGAGGCCUGAGGAGUUUUGAGCACCCUCUUAACCAAUUGAAGCCGGUGCCGAGGGUGGACAGUUCAGGAGAAGUGUGUGGCGCAAAUUUCAAGGUGGAUGAAGGCUCUCGCAAGGAAAGCAGUGGCAUACCGAGAGUUGGAAGUGCAGCCAACUGGUCUUCAAACUUCUGAGCUGAUACUGCUUCCUGUGUGGCAAGGUCUUCGUUAUUCUUGGACCUUGCUUCGCUGUUCACCCAUAUUUUUUCUUCACUAGGGUUUGCUCGAUGACUCUACUGUUUUUAAAGGAUAGUUUACUUUUUCUUUCUCUUUUUUUUUUUCCCCCUCCCCUUUUAACACCUGAAACCAAGACUUGACCACAUGGUCCGCAUCUAUGUUGAGUACUCUGAAAAUCUCAAACAGGACUAGAGGACUUUCUGGCAUGCAAAAUAUAAUAAUACGGCCUUGCGUAAAGGCUUGAUUCUGAA